GGAGCUGAGUCUUGUUGUAUAAUGUGAACACAUUGAUACAUUAGUAUCUGCACUUGCUGCCUUUGGCCCUAGAGGUCUCUGAAAUUAAGCAAAAGAUAUAUACAUUUUACUGCACCCUUCAUGUUGCCUGAUAUCUUACCUUUCUGUUGAAUGUUGUACUGUGCCUCUGAAUGGGUUAGUCUGCUGUGGUGGCAAUUCCAGGGGAGAGAAGUUUAGUUGAUUGAUUCACAUUAUGGGAUUUAAGGCUACCAAUCUGAAUUUACUCCACUUCUCCAUGGAGCAGAUUUUCUGCUUGGGAAGAACUGUCUUGCAGUGUUUGUUAUGCUGCAGUGAGGGGUUUGGUGUAGUCAUGUAUCAGCUUUCCUCUCUGGUGGUCUGGAACUGGUAUGGGGAUAGGGCAGGGGCUAUUUUGCGGGUAUUGUUGCUCUCCAAAUUUAACAUUGUUGUUUGUGUUCAUUUUCCCUCAGAUAAGCAGAAGAAAGUCUUAGAAGGAGUAGCUUGUGAUGUCCCACGAGGAGUUCCUGCUGUAAUCUCUUGGUUGCUGGCUGGCUUAUUGGAAACCUCAUCUGUCUGAACUGGCUGCUGUGGAUCCCAGUGCCUGAAUAACCAGGACUGUAGACAUGGAUUUUCUAUGGCUUGGCGCCUUUGUGUUCCUCCUAGUAUUGUCCAAGGGCAACUCUUCAGACACAGAGAAGCAGAGGACAGACUCUGGCUUGGAAAUCUAUAAGAAGCUGUUUGAAGUGAAGCGCAAGGACCAGAUGAAUGCACUGAAGAACCUGAUCGAGCUCAAUGAUGUGAACCAGCAAUAUAAAAUCAUUGACAUCAUGCUGAAAGGGCUCUUUAAAGUGCUUGAAGACUCGCGGGCAGUCCUUAUAGCUGCAGAUGUGCCCCCCGAUGGGCCCUUCCCUCAGGAUGAGAAGCUAAAGGACGCAUAUUCCCAUGUGGUAGAAAACACUGCCUUUUUUGGAGAUGUGGUUCUACGCUUCCCCAAGAUCGUGCACCAUUACUUUGAUCGCAACUCCAACUGGAACAACCUGAUCCGCUGGGGGAUUGGCUUCUGCAACCUGACGGGAGUGUUUAACCAGGGCCCCCAUUCCCAAGUGCUUGGACUGAUGGCUCAGGAGCUGGGAAUUAGUGAGAAAUCUCCAGAUUACCGGAAUCCCUUCAAAACUGACCAUUCUGAGUUUUUUCCUGGCGCGGACACAUUCCAGAAGGCCCUCCGAGAGGAAGAGAAACGCAGAAAGAAAGAAGAGAAAAGGAAGGAAAUCCGCAAGGGGCCCCGGAUCUCACGCUCACAGUCUGAGUUGUAAUGAUGGGACCCACCUCAUCACUGGGACCCCUGCUGGCAGGAGAUGCAGCAAGUGGAAAUGGAGUGUCUUACCCCCUCAGCAGCCUCAGGAAAAGGCCGGGCAGUUCACCUUUCAUCUGUGUGGUGAUUUUUUAUUUUUCUUUUUUUUCCAUGGUGUAUCAGUAAGGACUGGAUUGAAUCCUGACAAGGAACUGGGUGGAAAUCCUGCCCUUUCAGUGCAACCCCUGUGAGAAAACUCUGUAUAAACUGGAAUACA